UUUGUCCCUUCUUUUUUUUCCCUUCGCUCCUUUGGAUUCUCCCCAAGGAACUUUCCUAGAUUUCGUUACUUGGAUAAUGGCGAAGUCGAGCGCUUUCUGUUCCAUUUUCCAUUUACUUAGUUUUCUGGUGCUUCCUAUUUGGGCCCGAAACAGCCAAUUGUACGGCAAAGAGUUGUGGCAGCGAGAAGCCGAUAGAGUCACGGACUUGCCAGGGCAGCCGCCCGUGAACUUCCGCCACUACGCUGGCUACGUGCAGCUCCGGCCGGACGGCCACAAGGCAUUAUUCUACUGGUUCUUUGAAGCGCAAAACGGAGCAGCUCUCAAACCUCUCGUUCUUUGGCUCAAUGGAGGACCUGGUUGCUCAUCAGUAGGCUAUGGAGCUACACAAGAACUUGGUUCAUUUUUUGUUAGAAACAACGGCACCCAGCUUGCUCUUAACAAAUUUUCUUGGAACAAAGCUGCCAAUAUGCUGUUCCUGGAAUCACCAGUUGGGGUAGGGUUUUCAUACACCAACAAUUCAAAAGAUCUAUAUGAGCUCGGUGAUCAAGUUGCGUCUGAGGAUGCUUAUGCUUUCUUGGUUAACUGGUUCAAAAGGUUCCCGGAAUUCAAAUCCCAUGAUUUUUAUAUUACUGGAGAAAGCUAUGCCGGUCACUAUGUUCCACAGCUAGCCAAUCUCAUUUAUGACAGAAACAAAGAAUCUAUCAAGGACUCUUACAUAAAUAUCAAGGGAUUCAUGAUUGGUAAUGCGGUGAUCAAUGAUGAAACUGAUGCUGCUGGCUUCGUGGAUUAUGCUUGGACUCACGCCAUCAUUUCAGACCAACUCUACAAUAGCAUAAAGAGGGAAUGUGAUUUUGAACAGAUUUCUCAUUCGAGCCACUGCAAUGUGGAUAUCAGAGGGGUCAUGCAAGCUUAUAAUAGGAUUGACAUAUACAACAUCUAUGCUCCAAUUUGCCUCAAUUUCCUUUCAAAAUCUGCCCCAAAACUCCUAGUUGCUCCUCAUUUCCUCACACAACAUGAACUCUGGUAUAAACAACCAGCAGGCUAUGAUCCUUGUACAGAUGAUUAUGUGGAGAAAUACUUUAACAGAGAAGAUGUUCAAAAAGCUUUACAUGCAAAUGUCACCAACCUGCGAUAUCCAUAUACUCUUUGCAGUGGAGUUAUUAAGCGAUGGAACGACUCUCCCGAUUCUAUGUUACCCAUAAUUCAGAAGCUGCUGAAAGCAGGAUUGCGCAUUUGGAUUUACAGUGGUGACCUUGAUGGGAGGGUACCUGUGACCUCGACAAGGUACAGCAUAAACAAGCUGGGAUUAAAAGUAAAGGAAGAAUGGAGGGCCUGGUUCCAUAACAGCCAAGUGGCCGGAUGGGUGGAGACAUAUGAGGGUGAGCUCACAUUUGCCACCGUGCGCGGUGCAGGCCACAUGGUCCCAGUCUUUGCUCCCCAUCAGGCCCUCUCUCUCUUCGCCCAUUUCCUCUCCGCCAAGACCUUGCCAAGAGCUUCCCGUUUCUAGCCGCCGCUGCCAGUAUCCCUGCCACCGUGGGAUAGACUCGUCAUGGUAACCAUCAUCUGUGUUUAUGACUUUAUGUUAAUUAAUAACUAUAAGUAUCCAUUAUGUAAUUUACUGUGGCAGCAUUAGCAAGAAUGAAUUUUAUUUCCUAUUAUUAAUUUUUUAAAAUCUUGAUAAUUGUGUGCAGUGUGCCUUUAUUGAGAUAUUGUUCACUAAAAAGCUGAACUCGAU